UUUCUUCUCUGCCCCUCCUUGUUGAAAUGACCACCUGAUACAGACUGAACCCGUGGUCACAUGCACACGCUCAGUUUGUUUUUUUCUUGGGAGGGUGCAUGUGAUCAGCACAGGGUCAAUAAGCACUGUCCAGACAGAGGGUCAGGGGUUUCACAUCCUCCUAGAGCAGAAAGAAAACUCCUCCUACAAGCUUUAACUAGUUCUCUGCUGAAGUCACAAGACUGCUCUAAGUGCUGAUGAGAAAAGGUAUUUAGCAGUUUAGAUUUACUAA